AGUCAAUACCCAACAACAAAACGGCUAAACCCUUAAACCCUUUAAUCUCUCUCUCUCUCUAGCUAGGCGCCUCCCUACCAGCGGCAGCCAUGGCGUCCGUCGCAUCGGAGAAGAAGAAGCAAAAGAAGCAAAAGAAGCAGAAGAAGAGAGAGAAGCAGAGUCUAUCGGAGCUGAAAACUAUGGGACAGCAGCUGCUGACCUCUAGAGCUCACGUCAAUAACCUCCCCUUUCUCCUAACCUUCAUCAACCCCACCUCUACGCCGCAAUACGCACUCGAAUCUCUCCUCUCACUCCAAUCCUUCUUCACUCCUCUCAUCCCCAAACUCCCUUCCUCCUCCUCCAGACAUCCCGAUUCCGACCCCGACCCCGAAUUCAUUUACCUGACGUGGCUGCGCGCCAAGUUCGACGAGCUGACGCAGAGCCUCAUCGAUCUCGUCGUCUCCUCCCAAUCCGACGGUGCUCUUCGGGAAGUUGUGCUUGAUUCAAUAAUGGAAUUUGUGAAAGUGGGGAAUGGGGGAAAGUUCCAUACCGCUAUUUAUCACAAGCUUCUCCGUGCUAUUGUUCGGUCUGAACUGGGUGUUGAUGACAUUGUAUUGGAUAUGCUAGCAGAAAAGUAUUUCAAUUACGUUGAUGUUCGGUACUUUACUUACAGUUCCCUUGAAAAGCUGGCUCGGACUUUGGAGAGAGAAGAAAACAAAGAAGUAAGUCAGGAUGGGAAUGAUCUCCUGUCAAGACCAAGCAUUGAACUUUCCAUUCAAAAGAUGUAUAAGUUAUUAGCCUGCAUCCAGCCAUUGGAAGCUGUAGAGGAGAAGUUAGAGAUGUGGAACGAUUCAGGCACUUUACUUGGGAAAAGCAAUGACAAGGUUUUAUCUCCCAAAAAUGCUGCAAAGAAAAUGAAACUGAAGUUUACUAAAGCAUGGAUAUCAUUCCUCAGUUUGCCUCUUCCUCUUGAUGUAUACAAAGAGGUUCUUGUAACACUUCAUCAGUCCGUCAUUUCUCACCUCUCAAAUCCGAUCAUGCUAUGUGAUUUCUUGACACGAUCCUAUGACAUAGGUGGUGUUGUCAGUGUUAUGGCUCUCAGCAGCCUGUUUAUACUGAUGACACAGCAUGGCCUUGAGUACCCCAACUUCUAUAAUAAACUUUACGCUCUGUUGGAGCCCUCUGUGUUUAUGGCAAAACAUCGAUCAAAAUUCUUCCAACUGCUGGACUCGUGCUUGAAAUCAUCGUUGCUUCCAGCAUAUCUAGCUGCUGCUUUCUGCAAAAAGUUGAGUAGACUUGCACUGUUUGCUCCUCCUUCAGGAGCGCUAGUUAUCGUUGCCUUGGUUCACAACCUUCUACAAAGGCAUCCUUCAAUUAACUUUCUGGUGCAUAGGGAAAUUGGUCCGGAUACUACUUUAGAUACUUCGGAAGAAAAGAGCAGUCCUGAAGGUGCGAACAGGGAUUUGUUUCAAGAGAAGCCCGGAAUUGAUCACUUCAAAAAUGAGGAAAAUGAUCCUAAAGCUACCAAUGCCAUGAGAAGCUCUCUCUGGGAGAUCGACACUCUUCGUCAUCAUUAUAGCCCUCCGGUCUCAAGAUUCGCUUUGUCCCUGGCGAAUGAUUUGGCUGUAAGAGCUAGAACACCUGAACUUGCAGUUAGCGAUUUUAGUUCGGGUUCAUAUGCAACAAUCUUCGGUGACGAGAUUAGACGACGAGUGAAACAGGUGCCGUUGGCGUUCUACAAGACGACUCCCUCAUGUUUGUUUUCAGAGAUGGAUUUUCCUGGUUGGACAUUCAAAUCCACUGCAAAUGAUGAUGCAUCUUCAAAAAGGAAACGGGUCGAUUCAGUAUAGAUUAGCAUCAUUGAAUUUGUUGAACAAAUUAGGUGCAAGAAAUUUUGAGCUGUUUAUCCAUAUGUAAGGACCAAUGUAAUCUCAACUUGAAAAUGAGAUUGUUUCAUUAUUGUAGUCUAAGAGUGCAAGAGUUUUAUCUUCAA